CCCGUCCCUGGGAGAUGCAGGUUCAUGGUGGAUCACACUCGUUCGCCCAUUGGUACCAAUCGAGGCAUCGUCAUUCCUGUGGAUUCUUUCUCUCUCCUGUCUCCAAUCCUUUGGUCCUGAAGAUUACCUGCAUCUGCUCCUCUGCUUUACCUUAGGGCUCGUCCUUCUCGAUCUCCAACUCGACUCUCAAAGCCCCCUUUGGAACAUUAUGUCGACUGUCGUGGAAAGCGUUAUAUCAGUGCCGCCUGCGGCCGUAUGCGCAUCGGGUCCGGCAAGUCCGAGCACAUCAACAACAUUCACAGAAGCCUCUACCGUCACGGUCCUGUCAGAGAAAGUGGAAAAGUCGUAUUAUCAGGACUCAGAACAUGGAUCUGUGGAUCUCGAGGCGCAAGCCGUCGAGAAGCGCAGAUUUGCUGCGGUCCGAUUCAUAUUCCUCAACAUCUACCGCCGUCUGUUCUCUUUGGUCUUCUUGGCCAACAUAGCUGUAUUCAUCGCAGUCAUGGUAACGGAUCGGAAGCUACUUGCGCUGGUGAACGCUGCUGCAGGCAACCUGCUUGCAUGCGGCCUUGCCCGGCAACCCUUGGUCGUUAACUCGAUCUUCACUAUCGUAGCGUCCACACCAAGAUCCGCUCCUCUUCGGAUCCGACGCAUUGCAGCCAAGGUAUACCACUAUGGCGGUGUCCACAGCGGAUGCGGGAUAGCCUCAUUUGUCUGGUAUGCCGGCUUUGUUGGCCUCCUAUCAUGGGAGUAUUGGGCUCCCUCAUCGCCGGGGUCAACAAAUUCUCUAGCCCCGAUAGUCCUAGCGUACUUGAUCCUGGUCCUGCUGCUCUGCAUCAUCCUCGUGGCCUACCCGAGAUUCCGGAUCAAGAGGCACGAUUACUUCGAGCUCAUCCACCGAUUCCUCGGCUGGCUCGUUGUCGCGCUCUUCGUGAUCCUGCUCAUGGUCUUCGCCGACGAAGUCAGCCGCGAGUCUAACGAACCCCUCGGGAAGUUUCUCGUCAAACUCCCGGCCUUCUGGUUCCUGGUGCUCACCGUCGCAGCCAUCGUGCAUCCGUGGACCCUCCUCCGCAAAGUCACAGUGCAGCCCGAGCACCUCUCCUCGCACGCCGUGCGACUGCAUCUGAGCCACACCACCACCACCUUUGGCAAGGGCAUCCAGCUCGCGCGCCACCCGCUGCAAGACUGGCACGGGUUCGCCACGUUCCCGGACCCCGCCAACAACGGCAAGAGCUUCUCCUGUCUGGUCUCCAAAGCCGGCGACUGGACGGCCGCCUGCAUCCAGAACCCGCCCACGCACUUGUGGAAACGAGGCGUCCUCAUCUACGGGUUCGCGUACGCGAUGCGCGUUUUCCGGCGUGUGGUCGUCGUCACCACCGGCUCGGGCAUCGGGCCGUGCUUGUCCUUCCUGGGCGACGAGAACCGUCCCGCGCUCCGGGUGGUAUGGCAGACCCGGGCCCCGUUGAAGACGUACGGGCAAGACGUCCUGGAUCUGGUGGCCAGGAUGGAUCCUAACCCUGUCGUCAUCGAUACGAAUCAGUCCGGGCGUAUUGACAUGGUGCCCCUGAUUCGUCGGAUCGUGAGGGAGUUUGAUGCGGAGGCGGUUUGUGUGAUCAGUAAUCCUGUCCUCACGGCGAAGGUGGUGUAUGAGUUAGAGUCGAGUGGAACUCCUGCGUUUGGGCCUAUCUUUGACUCGUGAGCUGUGUGUGUGUGAGAGAGAUGUUGUUUGUUGCCGUAUAUAUACCCGGGAUGGGGUAUUGCUUUCGAUCACUAUUCAGCAGGCGUUGUUGUUCUUCAAGUGCUAGUACAAUGGGGCGUUCAUGGCGUAGGGAAGAAGGAAAUACAGAGCAAUUCUGGAGCAGACACGACUCGAG